GCUACUUAUCUUAGCUGCAGAGACCGGAAGUUCUGAAACCCUAAGUACUUCGACUUCAGACGCGCCAAAUGUCCAGCGCCCCGUGCAAGUAGCAUCUGCAGGCAUCAUCUGAGGUGCCGUUUAAGGCAGAGCUGCUGAGGGCCCUCUGCCUGCGCGCACGGCGGCAGGAUGACUGCAACGGACGCGCCAGCUGACACCGGGCGAUAUGGUGGUGAUGAUGUGGGCCGCAAGUCUCUCGGCACCAAGUCAACGGGCGGGAAGUCGCUCACUAAGAAUUCGGUCCUGGACAAGGCAUCCAUCAUCAGCAUGGCGCGCGGAGCAGACGUGAAGCCCUUUAAGGCGGACUCAGACGAGCUGCCGUGGCACGCAAUAGCGACGGAAGACGAGGUGGUGGCGGAUCUGGGGUCUUCGGUGGAGAAUGGCCUUUCCGAUUCGGAGGCGCAGCGGAGGCUCCAGUUGUUCGGUCCCAACAAGCUAACCGAGGUGGAGAAGAUCAGCUUCUGGCGGCGGCUGUGGAACCAGCUGAACAACAUGAUCAUUGGCCUGCUGUUCGCGGCGGCGAUUGUGGAGGGCGCGCUGGAGAGCUGGGCCGAGUUCGGCCUCAUCCUGGGAGUCAUCGUCAUCAACACUGCCCUGGGUCUGUAUCAGGAGGGUCGUGCCGAGAAGGCCGCUGACGCCAUCAAGGCCCUGCUGUCCCCCAACGCCACUGUGCUCCGUGACGGUCAGGCGGCGGUGCUGCCCGCUGAGUCGCUGGUGCCGGGCGAUGUGGUGCUGCUCAAGAGCGGAGACAAGGUGCCCGCGGAUGUACGGCUGCUGUCAGCGGUGAACCUGCAGGUCCAGGAGGCCAUGCUCACAGGCGAGUCCGUGCCCGUGUCCAAGGUGCUGCACCCCGCACCGGCGCAAGCAGGACUGGGAGACCGCAAGUGCAUGUGCUUCAGUGCCACCAAUGUGGUGUCGGGCCAGGGCCGGGGCGUGGUGGUGGCGACAGGCGACAGCGCAGAGAUUGGACAAAUCAACAAGAUGGUCGGCACGGUCGAGUCCGCCCGCAACAACCUGGUCCACCAGCUCGAGGUGCUGGGGCGCUGGCUGGUGCUGCUGGUGCUGGCGAUUGGACUCCUGGCGUUCCUGCUGGCGCUGCUGCACGCCGACCAGGGCUUCAAGGAGGCGUUCGAGUCUGCGGUCUCCAUUGCGGUGGCCAUCGUGCCGGAGGGCCUGCCAGCCAUGGUCACUAUCGUGCUGGCCAUCGGCACCACAGUCAUGGCUCGCAACAACGCCAUCAUCCGGCAGCUGCCAGCCGUGGAGACGCUGGGCAGCCUGAACGUCAUUUGCUCCGACAAGACUGGCACGCUGACUAAGAACGAGAUGACGGUGGUGGCGUUGCGCACGGCCGCGACCGAGUACACCGUCAGUGGCGUGGGCUACGAGCCGAUCGGGGAGUUCGCCAUGCUUGUGCCUGACGCUGCUGCCACGGACAAGGGAGCCGCCGUCGCAAACGGCAGCGGCACCCGCAGCCAGCCCCUGGACGGCGCCCAGCGGACCGCCCUGCAGCAGCUGCUUAAGGGCACGGUGCUGUGCAACGACUCAUCCCUGAUCAAGGAGGGCCCGGGGGAGGUGGCCAUUUCCAUCGGCGACGACGGAGCCGCGGCGGACGUGGCGGGUGCAGCAGACAAGGGCGGGAAGGACAAGGGUGGCGGCGGCGGCGUGCGCUACAGCCCCCUGGGAGCGCCCACGGAGGUGGCACUGCUGACGGCGGCGGAGAAGGCCGGCCUGCCGCCCGCGGCGGAGCUGAAGGCGGCCGUGCCGCGUGUGGGCACCGUGCCGUUUGAGAGUGAGCACAAGUUCAUGGCGACGGUGCAUCGGGAGCAGGCGGAGGGCGGCGGCAGCGAACUGAUCAUGUAUGUCAAGGGCGCACCGGACCGACUGCUGCCGCUGUGCAACAGCCAGGUCGUUGACAACGACCUGAGCCGCACCGCCGCUCUGGACCCGGGCUUUUGGAAGGCGCAGCAGGCGGCACUCAGCAGCAGGGGACUGCGAGUGCUGGCGCUGUGCAGGACCGUGCUCCCGGAAGACACCGACCUCUCCGUCCUGUCGCCUGCCUGGCUGCUGUCUGGCGGCGUGAAUCCGGAGGCCGCGGCGGCAGCUGCGGCUGAGGGCAAGCCGCCGCCGGCACCUGCCGCAAAGCUGCAGCUGUCAAUGGUGCUGCUGGUGGCUAUCCUGGACCCGCCGCGCGAGGAGGCGGUGCGCGCGGUGGGUGUGGCGCACAAGGCCGGCAUCACUGUCAAGAUGAUCACAGGCGACCACGCGCUCACGGCGGUUGCUAUUGGCCAAAUGCUGGGCAUCGUCCCGCGGGCCCAGGAGAUGCCGGCCGCGGCCGACAAGGCUGCUAAUGAGCCGCCCGCCAAGGCCGCUGCCGGGCACGGCCAUGGGCACGACGCGCGCCGCGCCAGCUCCAAAGCCGUGCCUGUGAUCACGGGUCCGCAGGUGGACGCCAUGGACGACGCGGGACUGCAGGCGGUGGUGAUGGGCUGCAACGUGUUCGCACGCGCCUCCCCCGAGAACAAGCUGCGUAUCGUCAGGGCGCUGCAGGCUCUGGGCCAGACGGCGGCGAUGACGGGCGAUGGUGUGAACGACGCGCCCGCGCUCAAGGCUGCGGACGUGGGAGUAGCCAUGGGCAUCACCGGCACAGACGUGUCCAAGGAGGCUGCCAAGAUGGUUUUGGCGGAUGACAACUUCGCCACCAUUGUGGCGGCAGUGCGUGAGGGCCGCCGCGUGUGGGACAACAUCCGAAAGAUCCUCAUCUUCAACCUGCCCGUCAACUUGGCGCAGGGCUUCAGCGUGUUGUGGUCCUACAUUCUCAGCCUGGACAACGUGCCGCUCACGGCGCUGCAGGUGCUGCUGGUGAACCUGAUUACGUCGGUGACUCUGGGCCUGGCGCUGGCCGCGGAGCCGCCCGAGCCCGACAUCAUGGAGCGACAGCCGCGCCGCCGCGGCAAGAGGCUGGUGGGCAAGCUGCUGCUGUGGCGCUGCUUCUUCGUGUGCAACGUCGUGGUGGCGCUGGUGCUGGGCAUGUUCUACUGGGGAGGCGAGGACAGCAGCACGCCGGGCGGCGGCUACAACCUCAAGCAGCGGCGCAGCGAGGCCUUCAACGUGCUGGUGGGCGCACAGAUCGCCUACUUUGUGAACUGCAGGUUUAUCAAGUUGUCCUGUUUCCACCCGCGGGUGUUCUUCGGCAAUCCCAUCGUCUACAUCUCCAUUGCGCUGGUGGCGGGAAUCAUGGUGUUUGUGACGUACGUGCCGGGCGUGAACGGCUUCUUCCACAUGACCGGGAGCAUGGACGGCAUCCAGUGGGCGCGUGUGGUGGUGUGCACCGCAAUCGUGUUCGUGCUGGUGGAGGUGGAGAAGGCGCUUGUGGACCCGCUCCUCAUGCCCAUCCUGCGCCCCGUGCUGGCCUGGCUCGAGGACCACACGCCCGACUUCCUGUCUGUCAAGCAGAGCGCCAAGUCGCUCAAGGGCGGGUGCGUGCGCUGCACCAGGGGAUGCGUGCCCAAGGGCAAGAGCGAGCAGGAGCAGCCCAAGAGCCCGCAGCCGCGCGGCCGGUCCUUAUCAUCAGGCAAGCCCGCUCCCUCUGCUGCUGGUCUGUCGCCUAUUUACUCGGGCGUGGUCUUAGGCGGCUCCGGCACAGCGGCGGCGGCGGCAAUGGCGGCGCCGCCGCUGGGCGGCCGCGGUGCGGCUGAGCCGGCCGCGCCGCAGGCGGGGGCUGGGGCAGUGGCGGCGACGGUAACCCCGCAUGGAACGGGCGGGGAUAAUUGCUGAGUUGGGAGUACCGCCGGGCAGCGGGGCAGGCGAGAUAUGCCAGAGCUUGUUCAUUGGCUUACAAUGUAAGGCGCCCGGUAAGCGGCGGUUUGUGAAACGUGUAGCAUGUGUGUAGCAUGUGUGCAAGCGCACAAGGUCAAGGUACAUACCGCACGUAUCUAGCUUGGAGACCUGCAUCGUCGUUCGUAUUGUUUCAGGAAUGGACCUGCUCCGUACGGCACGCGCACAUGAAGCCGUCACGCAUUUCCGUGGAAGAGAAAGGCGGUUGCCAGCAUUAGCGGCUGAGCGACGAUACGGCACGCAAUUUUAGUUCAUCUUCGUAAUGUGAAGAAAGAGUACGAGGGUGCCGACGUUAGGACAAGAACCAAAUUGCUGUACCGGUAUUGUGGGGCGUUAUUUGCGUUGGGUUGUGCCUUGUAUGCGUUUUACACCUUGUGUUGAAGACUUGAAGUUGCAUGCACGCUGCGCGCGGCGGGGUGUAUGGGUCGACUUCCUCAUACGGUAGCACGACAAUAAGGCAAGAUUGCGUGGCUGGCGGUAUAACGCCGGAGUUAUUGUACCGCGACAUCGCUGACCCCCUGGCAGGCUGGUCGUUUGCUGAUGCGCAUUCCUCAAGCUCCAAACGCC